AUGGCCGGCACCGGCUCCCGAGCCAUGUCGCAGCCUGGACUCCUGGAGGCUCACCAUCCUCCUGCGGGUGCAUCGGCCGCGACCAUCGCCGCUGCUACUUCGUCCACCGGCACCAAGAAGAAACCGCGCCGAGCGCCCGAGUCCUCGGCCAGCCAAAAGAGACGAUGCAUCAGUACAGCUUGCAUCGCAUGUCGCAAACGCAAGUCCAAGUGCGAUGGCGCCAUCCCAAGCUGCGCAGCUUGCGCCAGCGUCUACGGCACUGAGUGCAUCUACGAUCCCAACUCGGACCACCGCCGUAAGGGCGUCUACCGUGAGAAGGUCGACAGCAUGAAAGCUCGCAACUCGACCCUGCAGAUCCUCGUCGAAGCCAUCCUCAACGCCUCCGAGGACGACGUCCCAGGCAUAGUCCGGCGCAUCCGGGCCUGUGACUCCCUCGACAUUGUCGCCCAGCAGAUCGCAAACUCGGCCCCGGACAGUGGUGUCGCGACUCCCGAGCAGACUGAUGAAGAAUACACCCUCGGUGUCAUGCCUGUCGAGGGCGAGAAGGAGCUGGCUCGUAAGAUGGGUGAGCUUCGGCUUGAGAACGGCUGUGUCCGCUUCAUCGGUGGCACUUCACAUCUCAUCUACCACGGCGAGCCCGCAGAUGCGCCUGACGCAGAAGGGCAACCUGAACAAUACCCUGCCAGCGACAAUCCCAUUGCCUCUUGGACUCGGGUCACGGCAGACGCGACGCUCAUCACUCACCUCAUCAACAUGUACUUCAACUAUCAUUACGCCUACUUCACCACUUUAUCUAAGAAGCUCUUCUGGCGCGAUUUCCUCAAGGGCAGAGAAGGGUUAGAGAGCAGCUCAACACCUCAUUGCUCCCCCCUACUGGUUAACGCGAUGCUUGCCCUGGGCUGUCACUUCACGGAUGUUCCCGGGGCAUACGCCACUCCCGGCGACAGCAGGACCAAGGGCGAUCAUUUCUUCGCGGAGGCCAAACGACUCAUCCUGGUCAACGACGAGUUCGCGCGGCCACGAUUGGUCACGGUUCAAGCUCUGGCACUCAUGUCUGUACGAGAAGCUGGGUGCGCUCGGGAAUCCAAGGGUUGGGUUUACAGUGGAAUGAGCUUCCGCAUGGCUCAGGAUCUUGGCUUGAACCUCGAGAUCGCGGGCACAACGAGGAAGCGCAUGAGCGACGAGGAGAUCGAUGCCAGAAAAAUGACGUACUGGGGCUGUUUUGUUUUCGACAAGUGCUGGUCCAAUUACAUGGGCAGACUACCGCAGCUGCCUCGGAACGGCUCCAACGUGGCAAAGUUCGACGUAUUCCCCGAGGAAGACGCCGCGAUUUGGUCACCACUCACGGACAAGGGCUACGACGAGACCUACGAGCAGCCAUGGAGGACGCGAGCAGCCGCCCUUCAGCUGUCCAGCUUAUCCGAGAUCAGCAGUGAACUUUUGAUAUUCUUCUAUCAUCCCAAUCACAUCGGGCGGUCCCGAGGCAAGUCUGCGGAGCUUAAGAAGCUCAGCGAACUCCAUCAGCGCCUCGAGGAGUGGCGUAAACAGCUACCCAUCGAGUUCGAACCGAAGGAGGGCCAGCUGCCCAACGUCAUCCUCAUGCACAUGUUCUUUCAUCUGCAAUACAUUCAUCUCUUCCGACCUUUCCUGAAGUACUCUCCGUCUGUCUCACCGCUACCUGCCCACGUUUCGCCCCGGAGGAUUUGCACGGCCAACGCUGGGGCCAUCUCAAAACUGAUGAGGCUUUACAAGAAAACUUACAAUCUGCGGCAAAUCUGCAACAUUGCUGUGUACAUGACUCACAGCGCCUGCACAAUUCAUCUCCUCAACCUUCCUGAGAAAAGUGCUCGGCGUGAUAUAACCCACGGCGUCAGGCACUUGGAAGAGAUUGCCGAGGACUGGCUUUGCGCUCGGCGAACACUCAGCAUCCUCAGCGUGUUGGCGAGGAAGUGGAGGUGUGAGCUCCCUGAGGAUGCCGCGUUUGUCCUCAAGCGCACGGACGAGAAGUAUGGCUUCUUUAACACCUCCGACGUCCCUUCUCCGGCUUCUAGCCCUCACACAUCUCCUCUGCUUUCGGACGACGCAUCUAUUUCCACGUCGCAGAGAGACUAUAGCCCCAUCAGCCAGUAUGCUCAGGCCCACAUGACCCAGCUCGCGCUGCCCCCCUCCUCCAUUGACGAUCGGAUGGCCAUGAUGCCCCCGCUCGAUGCGGUUGGUAGCGCCCCGGCGAUGCCCCAGCCGCAACGGCCCCAGGGUGUUCCUUUUGACUCGGAGCGGAUGGAGCUCAACCCUGAUCUUCUCGAAGGAUGGACGCGCCAAGCCACCGGUGCCCCAGAGUCUGAUUUUGGCACGUCAUUCAUGCCAGCGAAUGGAGGCGGCAUGAUGGCAAACAAUGGCGGCCAAUCUGGCAGUCGACAAGCGCCGCCGGGACAGGGGGCUGGCAUAAACAGCCAGCGCUGGCUCAUCAAUGACAGCGCCAGAUGGCACCAGAACUUUGACGGCUGGGACCUGGUUGGAGGCAUCCCUAAUAACUCUGUGUUCAUGUUCGGGGACCAAAACCGCAGCAACAGCCUCCAGAACCCUUCAGAGCCCACUGAUCAGUCCCGUGCCGGCUUCGAGGGUCUCGCAGCGUCCCUGAACGGCGGUGGCUGGCUCACUGGCCUCGACUAG